AUACCCGGAAGCAGACAGGUUCUCCAGGCAGCCGAUGGGGCUUCUGGAGAAAUAAGCCGUUUUCUGAUUGAAUUAUUCAGAAAGAACGUGUUAAUAUUAGGAGGAAGCGGAGCCACACGGGUCUCAGCUGCUUUUAGAAGAAGAAGAAGUGACUGUGUGCAGACGGUGGUUGUUAGCGGCCUCCUGUUAGCUGCUGCUGGACGUCUGGCACCUGUCUAUCGUCAUAUUGAUUGUAUUGUUUUUGUCAGCUGGCCGCUGGAGCUCGCGAUGGACGAAGGCACGGCGGCCGAUUCGGAGGACGGUGGCCCCGACAGGAGGCGCAGGGUGCACGGCAUGCUGAAGCUCUACUACGGGCUGAACCAGGAGGGAAAGGCCGAGGAGGAGAUGGAGUCCCUGGAUCCCUGCGACAUCAACGGGCCUCAUUUUGACCCCGAGCACUACCUGAACAAGCUCAGGAGAGAGUGCUCUCUUGCCGAGCUGAUGGACCAGGAGACUUGCAUGGUGAAGCAGAUACGCUCUUUGGACAGUGACAUGCAGACGCUGGUGUAUGAAAACUACAACAAGUUUAUAUCUGCUACAGAUACCAUAAGAAAGAUGAAGAAUGACUUCAAAAAGAUGGAAGAUGAAAUGGACUGUCUCUCUGCUAACAUGGCAGCAAUCACAGAGUUCAGUGCUUCUAUCAGUGGUACCCUACAGGACCAGCACACACAGAUUACAAAACUGUCAGGGGUUCACACUCUGUUGAGGAAACUGCAGUUUCUGUUUGAACUGCCGGCUCGAUUGAACAAGUGUCUGGAGCUGCAGGCCUAUGCUCAGGCAGUGAGCUCCCACCGCAGGGCCCGCUGUGUGCUGCAUCAGUACAGCCACCUGCCCUCCUUCAAGGGGAUUCAGGAUGACUGUCACGCCAUCAUGGACAAGCUGGCGCAGGAGCUUCGACAGAAGUUCAGGGACGGUGGAUCAAGCGCCAAAGAUUUAUCCCAGUGUGUGGAGCUGCUGCUACAGUUGGACGAGCCAGCUGAGGAGCUUUGUGAUAAAUUCCUGAGCCAUGCACGAUCUCGACUCGAGUCGGACCUUCAGGGCCUGGAAGCAGAGAUAAGACCAUACUCCUCUCCCUCAGCUGUAAAAGAUGCUUCAGUGCGCUGGUCACCAUCGACUUCAGUGGUCGGAUCUCCAGAUGAUAAGUCACCUAAAACCAGAGCUCUAUCUUCUCCCACCUCAAACACUGACAUCCUGGAAUUCAUUGACAGAGGCUGCAAUGAAUUUGUCAGCAGCUUAUGUUUGUUAAUUACAUCGUAUCAAGAACUGUUUGUCAACCACGCUCAGACAGGAGAGCUAGCAUCUAAAAAUAUCCCCCAGAUGGCAAACGGCAAGCUGAGUGCCUUUGUGGAUGACCUGGCAGCUCGGUAUUUCUCACUUGUAGAGCGGAGGAUACAAGAGGAGAAAGGAGUUGGAGAUAACUCCCUCCUGGUCCGUGCACUUGACCGCUUCCACCGCAGACUUCAGGCUGUGUCCAAACUGCUGCCGGGCUCUACCGUGCCAAACAAGGGGACUGAGAUUGUGAUUCGGGCGGCGACAGAGCGGGUCAAGCAGUACCUCUCCGCCCUGCAGAGCUUCUACCUGGACAGCUUGACAGAUGUGAGGCAGGCUUUGGCAACACCGCGCCUCUCUGUGGCUAGCGCUUCAGUGACUGGAGGCGGAGCUCAUCAUGGGGGGCCGGCAUCAGGUAGAGAUGCUCCAAACAGCCUGCCGGAGCUGCUCUCCUCCCUCUCAGCCUCUAUUCUCAAUCAGAUUAAAUCAGUGCUGGCAUCAGUGCAUCUCUUCACAGCGAAGGACAUUGCGUUCUCCAACAAGCCUUACUUCAAGGGUGAAUUCUGUAGUCGUGGUGUACGUGAGAGCCUGGUGGUGAACUUUAUAAAGUUUAUUUGCCAGUCAUCUCGCCAGUUCUGUGAGAGCGCAGGAGACAAAGGAGGUUCGACUCCUCCGGCCCUCCUGCUGCUGCUGUCUCGCCUCUGCUUGGACUAUGAAACCUCGACCAUCUCCUACAUCCUCACGCUCACAGACGAACAGUUCCUCGUGCAGCAUCACAGUCCUGUAACACAGGUCACAACUUUAUGUGGAGAAGCCAGGGAGGCAGCACAGAAGCUACUGAACCAUUAUGUCAAGGUUCAGGGCCUGAUUAUCUCCCAGAUGCUAAGAAAGAGUGUUGAAACACGAGAUUGGGUGAACACCAUCGAGCCUAGAAAUGUCCGCGCUGUGAUGAAGAGAGUAGUGGAGGACACCACCUCAAUUGACGUGCAGGUCGGGCUUUUAUACGAGGAAGGUGUGAGGAAGGCACACAGCAGCGACUCCAGCAAAAGGACUUUCUCUGUUUACAGCAACUCCAGGCAGCAAGCGCGCUAUGCGGCCAGCUACACUCCAAGCGCUCCUAUGGAUACCAAUCUGCUGAGCAACAUCCACAAGCUGUUUUCUGAGAGGAUCGACAUCUUCAGUUCAGUGGAGUUCAACAAGGUCUCUGUGAUGACGGGAAUCAUCAAAAUCAGUUUAAAGACGUUCCUGGAGUGCGUCCGCCUGCGCACGUUUGGCCGCUACGGGCUGCAGCAGAUCCAAGUCGACUGCCACUACCUGCAAAUGUACUUGUGGCGCUUUGUCUCCGACGAGAACCUGGUGCACUUCCUGCUUGAUGAGAUAGUGGGCAGCUCCGCUCACCGCUGCCUGGAUCCCGCCCCGAUGGAGCAGAGUGUGAUCGAAGUCAUCUGUGAACGAGGUUGAGGGUCAAAGCGCAACUUAGCCAGAAAACUGUAUUUAAUUGAAAUAUUAUAUUUGCAAUCUCACAGAAUGUCAAAUUUAUUGAUCAGAUUCAUAAAAUUGCUUUUUGGGAAUCUGUUUAAAUUCUACUGUAGCUAAUCAUCUUGUGUUUGAGGCAUAUACACUGACACUGACUGACAGUUUGGGACAAAUCUACAUUGCAUUCCAGGCAUGACAAGCUUCUAGUACAUUGGUUAAAGGGCCCAUAUUGAGAAAAAUACAUUUUCUGGGCUUUUACUAUCCGUAAUGACUUGAAGGGGGUCAGUAGAGACCCUCAAAGUAUUUAAACAGUCACUUCGCAGACUUUUUCACUCAGUCCAUUCAAAGAAAAAUGUUAUCGAAAAGUCUUGUUUCAUGCUUCCUCCCCCGUGUGAUGUCAUUCGGGAUUCGCGCUCGUCUCUCAGCCCCACCCACCCAAUUGGAGGGACUCAAGAGGCAGGUGAAACCAGCCUGUCCUGUCUGCGGCUCCAGGGAGAGGCAGAAGAGAGGAGUUUUGUAAACCACUGAUAUAUCAUCUUAAGCGUACCAAUACAUAAAAUUAAAUCCCAGAAAGGUGUAAAAUAUCGGUCCUUUAAUGUAAAAGUUGUCAUUUAUUAGACAUUAAAGGGGAAGCCCAUGUUCCCAUUGAAGGAAAUAAGAACAGAAUAUGAAUGAUAAAGACAGUUGUGUCUGGUGGAACUGUUAUGUGUUAAUAUAUUCUCCUCAGUGUCUUUUUGCUGAAUAACUUGCAGUGUGAAUGUCAUCUGAUUAUGCCGUUUAUGUCUUACACUAAAGCAUCUACAGAAGACUCGUCUUGCCUUCAGGCUGGUUCCAUCUUUUCUGUGCAUGUCUUACACAGACAAACACCUGGUUUAAAGUGUGUCCACAAUAAAAGUGUAUGAAUGAAUGA